GGAUCUUCUUAACUAUGAUCUUGAUAACAGUCACACGGUUAUAUAGAAAUGAUUAACUUUCCACAACACGGAGAGGAGCAGUCAGUUGCCAGCCACGUACGUGUGUGAGGAAGUCAGAGAUCAUGUCAGCAAUCAAGGUUGCCCUGCAGCAGAGCCAGAAGAGUGGCAGAAGGAAAACCUCUAAAACAAUGUCUGCAGAGGUGUCGCCAGACUCCAAGUGUCCCAUCUGUUUGGACAUAUUUAACAACAUGUCUUACCUGGAUCUCUGCCUGCACAAGUUCUGUUUCCGCUGUAUUCACGAGUGGUCCAAGAACAAGGCCGAAUGUCCACUGUGCAAACAGCCGUUUAAUUCAAUCUAUCACAGUAUAAAAUCAGAGCAAGACUUUAAGAAGUAUGACCUGCAGCCACUGGAAACUGCGACUUUUGGCACUUUUCAGGGAGUGCGGUUUAGAUACCGCACAACUCUUACCGGAGUCCAACGGCAGGCGAGGCGAAGGACCUCUCCACCUCCAGACAAUGGAGUAAUGUUCGAAGCCUCUUCAAAUCUUCCCCAACGGCAGUGCGACCGUUAUAUCCAGCAGGUAAUGACGAGGUUGGCAGCCAGGAGAAGAGCUGCAAGUGAAGGCAGGGCAGUGAACAGUGUACGAGAACAAGAAAUGGUAAACUUCAGGAGGGAACUGUACCGACGGGGGUUUAGGGUCCGAAAUGUUCGAGAUGGUGGCCGCUCUCGAGACACCUCAGCUGAGUUCUACAGAAGAAAUCCCGCCUGCCUGCAUAGACUGAUCCCCUGGUUGAAAAGAGAACUCACUGUGCUAUACGGGGCCCAUGGCUCUUUGGUCAACAUAGUUCAACACAUCAUCAUGUCACGCAUUACACGUUAUGACAUGGAGGAUGGAGCUAUUCAGGAAGAGCUCAGGCCGUUUCUCCAGGGUCGCACCGAGCACUUUCUGCACGAGUUCAUCAGUUUUGCAAAGUCCCCCUUUAAUAUGGAGGCGUAUGACCAGCAUGCUGUCUAUGACUUCCCAGCCCCUUCAUCAAAUGAAGAUAGCAGCUCCAACUCGUCUGUCAUUGCUAUCUCAGAGGACGAGGACAAUGUCACAGAGUUGGACCAUCCCGGAGCCUCUACAUCUACUCUAAGCCACUCCAUGUGGGAUGAUGAGACGCCUGGACCAUCAUAUUCUACCACAGCAGAGCAGGCCAGAGCAGAACGCCUGUCAGUCCUGGACUCAGACUCUGAUACCAGCUUAGAAGAAGAAACACACGAGUUUGGCGCUUCUCCACAGCAAACAAGUCCUCAUAACCAAACAGACUUGACUCAGGGUGAACGUAAUAAUGAGGAGUGUCUUUCUUCUGACAAUGACGACUGUGUCAUUGUAGGUUUCGUUAAACCAACAGCAGACAGGACUCCUGAGCUGGUUCAGCUGUCCUCUGACUCUGACGAAUCUGCCAGUGAAGAUACUAAAGAAGUGCCUCUUCUGCCUCAGCACAUCCGUUUCAGCAGUCUGAGUCCUGCAGCGUCACAAAGCAGUGAUCCCAGUGGUGUCGGGCGAUCAGAAAAUCUAGAGACAGAACACCACGAUCGAUUGGAUUCAAAAGAAAGAUGCAGCUCUUCAACAUCCAGCAGACGCAAGACAUCCUGCAGAUCAAACAGAAAAGACACAGAACGAAGAUUUGACAGUAAAGAGAGAUCUCGGGAGAGGCAUCGGUCAAAGGACAGAGACCAUAGGAGACGGAGGAGGUCAAGAAGUGGAGAGCGCAGACACUCUAGCAGGAGCCCAAUGAUAUCCCACAGCAGUGUAAGCACUCAUUCCACUGACAGAGGCUACUGGCAGUCCAGGGGUAGGGACUACUCAAAAGUUGACUUUCAUUACAAAAGGAGGGACAGUGAUCACACUUAUCAGUUGUAUAGCCAUUACGGCCAGGAGAGAAAUGAUGGGAUGCAUUUAACACAGAGGCAGUACUACUGUUACAGUAGCCACAAGUCCUCAGAUUUGCGCUCUCGCUCCAGGAGCCGCAGCAGGGACUCACGGAGACGGGAUAGGAGGCAUUCUCGAUCGAGGACUUAUUCCAGCAGUCGCUCCCCUUCUAUAAGAAGAAAAUCUCACCACGACAAGCCCGGUGGGAAGAGGAAAUACAAAACAAGGCAUCUGGACGAACCAUCUAAUAGCACACUUUUCACCGGCAACGCAGAAGGUGACUCCGCAGGAUUAACAAAACACAAGAAAAAAAACAAAGAGAAGAGUCGCAAGAAAUCCAAAGAGAGGUCGAGAAAGACCAGCAGGAGUCUUAGCGUGGAGCUGGUCAAUGACGAAAAAGCGCAUGAGCGAAGCAAGCGUCACCAUAAGAAAAAGAAGAAACACAAGAAGAAGAGCAGAAGGCAUAAGAGUCAUGAACGCACGGACAAGCGCUCACCCGCCGUCAUCACCAUUGAUAGCGACAGUGACUCUUGUGCUAAUGACAGUGUCACCCAGGCCAGUGGCGCUAAUAAGGACAACCCCACUGACAAUACUACAGGAGAUCCAGUCGACCCCACCCCUGCAGACUCUCUGUCCGAACCAUAUUGAUGGAUUUACCCUCAGCUGCUAAAACCUGCCACCUGUAUUUUAGAUCAAAACAAUGUUCAGUAUAUUCAUUUCACCAGCCCUCGAAGGAGAUGGUGAAUACACAUAUGCACUUACAUGCCACCACAAGUGUUUUCUACAGAGACGUUUCAUAGGACAUCGGUUUAUGUGACAAGCACAGAUAUCCGAACUGAACUAGACAGAGGUCAUGGUCAUAUUAAAUGACCUGUGUUGACCAGCACGGUCUAGUUUCUGGACUUUGUUAAAUACCACCUGAAACAAUGCUAUUUUAUGUGCAAACGUGCCACUCUGAACACGAGCAGAAAGGAAUAAUAAUGGGAGUCGCACAUCUUUUUCAAGAGUCACUUCUUAUUCUGGAAAUCUUAUUGUAUGUUAUAUUUUAUUUCUAAGGUGCUCUCAGGGAUCAUGCUGAUUACAUUUUGUUGUUGUUGUUAUAAGUCAGCUAUAUUCUUGAGAAAACUAUUUCUACCUGCUGCUCAUGGAGUUGUACCUAAUAUCCGCAGGUGGUGUUUGGAUUUCAGAAUGGGCUCUUUUCUAUUGAAUUUUAUUUAAGAAUAAAUUGCAAUGCAUAACUGUGUGCACUCUA